CCAGGGCUGGGUGUGCGAGCUUGCCUUGAAACUCUGGGGCUGUUCUAGACUUUUUCCUGGCCCAGGGAAGAGCGGCCACCCCUCUAUCCCUGGUGGGCCUCCGACAGCCACUACAAAGUAAGGGUUUCCCCCUUUACUCGGGAUACAUUGAAACCUUUCCCCCGAUCCCCGUCCCCUUUUCUCCUCCCUCUCCCUUCUUCCCCUUCCCCAAAGCCUCCCUGGGCUUCUCCUCCCUCCCUCACUCCCUUCCCUACCCCUUCCUAGGACUGGGCUGAAGUCACCGUGGAGCUCCAGCGCGACACUCCAACUUUCCAAGCCAGGAGGGAAAUAUGGGAUGUAUAAAAUCAAAAAGAAAAGACAAUCCAAGUCACGAUGGAAUAGAUUUGAAGACCCAACCAGUACGUAAUACUGACCGAACUAUUUAUGUGAGAGAUCCAACGUCCAAUAAACAGCAAAGGCCAGUGCACAGUUCAGACUCUCAGCUUUUACCAGGACAAAGGUUUCAAAGCAAAGAUCCGGAAGAGCAAGGGGAUGUGGUAAUAGCCUUAUAUCCCUAUGAAGGCCUUCACCCUGAUGAUUUAUCUUUCAAGAAAGGAGAAAAAUUGAAAGUCCUUGAAGAGCAUGGAGAAUGGUGGAGAGCUAAAUCUCUUUCAACCAAGAGAGAAGGCUACAUUCCCAGCAAUUACGUAGCAAAAGUCAACACCUUGGAAACAGAGGAGUGGUUCUUUAAGGAUAUAACCCGGAAAGAUUCUGAAAGACAGCUUCUGGCCCCAGGAAAUAGUGCAGGAGCAUUUCUUAUCCGAGAAAGUGAAACAUUAAAAGGAAGUUUCUCUCUUUCUGUGCGAGAUUAUGACCCAGUGCAUGGUGAUGUUAUUAAGCACUACAAAAUUAGAAGUUUGGACAAUGGAGGUUAUUACAUAUCUCCAAGAAUUACUUUUCCCUGUAUCAGUGACAUGAUUAAGCAUUAUCAAAAGCAGUCAGAUGGUUUGUGCAGAAGGCUUGAGAAGGCAUGUAUUUGUCCAAAGCCACAAAAACCAUGGGAUAAAGAUGCUUGGGAAAUUCCACGUGAAUCGAUUAAGCUAGUGAAGAAACUUGGAGCUGGACAAUUUGGAGAAGUCUGGAUGGGCUUCUAUAACAAUACUACCAAAGUGGCUGUGAAAACUCUGAAGCCAGGAACCAUGUCUGUGCAAGCAUUUCUAGAAGAAGCCAACCUCAUGAAAACACUUCAGCACGACAAGUUAGUGAGGCUCUAUGCUGUGGUUACCAAAGAGGAGCCCAUUUACAUCAUAACUGAAUACAUGGCAAAAGGGAGUUUGCUGGAUUUCCUAAAGAGUGAUGAAGGUGGGAAACUGCUGCUUCCAAAGCUAAUUGACUUUUCAGCACAGAUAGCAGAAGGAAUGGCAUACAUUGAGAGGAAGAACUAUAUCCAUCGUGACCUGAGAGCAGCUAAUGUUCUCGUUUCAGAUGCAUUGAUGUGCAAAAUUGCUGAUUUUGGCCUUGCUCGGGUAAUUGAAGAUAAUGAGUAUACAGCAAGGGAAGGUGCAAAAUUCCCUAUUAAGUGGACAGCUCCAGAGGCAAUAAACUUCGGAAGCUUUACUAUUAAAUCAGAUGUAUGGUCCUUUGGAAUUCUCCUAUAUGAAAUUGUAACCUAUGGGAAAAUUCCCUAUCCAGGGAGGACUAAUGCUGAUGUGAUGAUGGCUCUGGGGCAGGGAUACAGGAUGCCACGGAUGGAAAACUGUCCAGUUGAGCUCUAUGAAAUCAUGAAAAUGUGCUGGAAGGAGAAAGCAGAAGAAAGGCCAACGUUUGAUUAUUUACAGAGUGUGCUGGACGACUUCUACACAGCAACAGAAGGGCAAUAUCAACAACAGCCUUAGAACAAAGGAAUACUUUUUUUCCCAAUUGGCAUAGACAGAUGCCACAUUAACCACAUACACACACACACACACUCACUCACAAAGAUACACACCAAAAACUGGUUGCACAAGUUAUUUCAAUGUGGUUGGAUUAGCCACUGCUCCUGGUUCCUGAAAGUAAAGGCUGAAAUAACUCAGGAAGAAUCUGUAUACUUUUCCCCAGAAAGAGAUACCCUGUUUUUCAACUGAUGGAACAGAAUUCAAAAGAAUAACUGGGGACUGAGUGUCUCAGAAGGAUAAACUACUCAUUUGCUGGUAACCUUAUCUGUCUAAGUCAACAUCUGAAUCCAAACUUAAAAGGAAAAGAAUAGAUCCCAAUUAAAACAUACGCACUCUGACCCUGCUUUUCUAGAUGGAAAUGCGAUAAUUACUUUCAAAUGUGAUCCAUAUCAGCAAAUUGUGGCAUAACUGUUUUCAAACCAAAUGUACUUGUUUAUAAAGUCACCAUCAAUGGUUACACGCUGCAGAAAUUCUUUGUAUUUUCCAUAGAUUUGCACUCAUUUGAAAAGGAUUGGGAAAUGUCACCAAACUAAGCACGUUCCAGGUGAAGUCAGUGAUGGAGAAACACCCACUCCCACUCCUUGAAACCUAGUCUCAUAAACAUCCGUCUGUUGCAGGUACAGUUCAGGUCAGCAGCAGCUUAAACUUCAGUGGGAAGGGACCAAGAGUUUUCAUUUUAAUGUCAGUGUUAUAUUUUAGAGAAGAUCUAUGUUUUCGUGACAAACCAUCCUUUACAAUGGAUAGAGAUUUCCAAUAACCUUUGAUUAUUUGGGCAUUAGAAACAGCAGUAAGAUUAGAUAUUCAGUUAAGGUGUUAUGGAAGGGAAAAUGGAAAGAUUAUUUCUUUAGCUGCUUCCAGUGAUUGGAGAGGCAUUUUUAUUACCAAAUGUUUAAUUUUAACUACAUUAUAGCAUAUGCCAUAAUGGAUUCAUUUGUUUUUCAUGAUUCAAACAAUGAUUUCUAAGUAAUCAGAGAUGUAUAUGGGACUAUUUAUAGCCCACAGGUAAGGCUCUAAGGAAUUACUAUACUUACUGUCUGUGAUGUGAGGGUCGAAAAGACAUAUUUUUGUUUACUAAACUUUUUUAUUAUAAGCAUUGAAUGACAAAAAAGCCUCCUUCUUGUAACAUUUCAGUUAUAUUACCAUGUAAAUAUCUAACAUGUCUGUUGUUUGAUUGUUUUUAAUUUCAACAUGCACUGGAACAAUAGCAUUUUAAAAAACACUCCCUUGUGUGUUGCCUUCCCAACUACUGUCAACAUAAAAAAAAGAACAAAUGACAAGAGAAAAAAACAAUGGCAUUGAUUCCUAGAAAUGUCUGAUUAAAAUGAAUAAUUUUCAGUUUUUCUUAUACAACUUGAUAACUUCAGGAAUAAA